AUGGCUCCCGCACCUAUCGAUCCUGUCAUCGUUGAUGUGGCAACACCGAAGGAGGAUACUCUUCCAAUCCCCGUCCCCGCUCGGCAGCGAUUGCUGAAGGCUGGCAUUGAUCUAUCAAACGGCUAUCCCUACAGGCCAUCCCGGCCUCUUUACCUUCAAGACGUGUACAAAAUUAGGAGUGCUGAUAGGAAGCAUAUCGAUGCUGGAACUAGGGCGGAUAAAUCCAAGAAGAAUUUAUUUGCUGCUGCCACAAAGAUUACCGACAUCACAGCAAACAUUGGUACGGAAAUUGAGGGUAUACAGCUGAAAGAUCUGAUGCCUGAACAGCGAGAUGAGCUAGCUCUACUGAUUGCUGAGCGAAGCGUUGUCUUCUUCAGAAAUCAGGAUAUUUCGCCUCAGCAGCAGAAAGAACUGGGGGAGUGGUAUGGAGAUAUUGAGGUUCAUCCUCAAGUACCACAAGUCCCAGGAGUUGCAGGCGUAACUGUAAUUUGGCCAGACCUUCAAGCCACAGAGAGGCCAGCGAAUUUCCGCAAUCCUGGUGGAUCGUCUGUCUGGCAUACGGACCUUGUACACGAACAUCAGCCAGCGGGAAUUACUCACUUACACAACGAUACGGUCCCGCCAGUUGGAGGAGAUACACUAUGGGCGAGCGGAUAUGGAGCGUAUGAGAAACUUUCUCCAAGUUUCCGUAAAUUCAUCGACGGCAAAUAUGCUGUGUAUCGAUCUGCACACCCAUACCUAGACCGAGAAAAUCCUGAGGCGGGACCGAAAUACGUUGAGCGAACUCAUCCAUUGGUGCGAGUCCAUCCCGUCACAGGAUGGAAGGCACUUUGGGUGAACCGCUCGAUGACUGUGCGCAUUGUUGGCCUUGACAAGGCAGAAAGCGACCUUAUUCUUAGCUAUCUAUACGAUGUAUAUGAAAAAAAUCCCGAUAUCCAACUGCGAUGGAAGUGGACUCCAGGAACAUCGGUACUAUGGGACAACCGAAUUACUAUCCACAAUGCUAGUUGGGACUAUGCUGGCAGACAUCCUAGACAUGGAACUCGCGUAACUUCAUUAGCCGAGAAACCGUUCUUCGAGGCUAAUGCACCAACGAGGCGACAAUCGCUCGGACUAUUAGAUGAGAGCGAGAAGGAGGAAUUGGUCUUAUAUGAAAGCUAG